AUGGCUACUCUCUAUGGGCUAUAUCGAAUGGCUGCCACGUGGUGGAUGGCUUAUCCUUGGGGGUACGAGGGCGGACUGGGGCUCCCGGGACUUGAUGGUAGCCUGAGCAGUUUAAGAGCGUGUCCACUGGGUCCCCUACAUCUCUAUACCUCCUUCCAGCAGCGUGGUGUUUCGUCACUUCAGGCAGGUUACAUCGGGGAUGAGAACGGACAAGGCCCACAAUGGCCGAAAGGUCAUCUGACACUAAGAGAGGCACCCGGUGUAAUGCAGAUUUGUUCUGCUGUCCCAUUCUUAGUGUUGGAACCUAUCACUGCCGAUGAACAGGAAUGGCCGUAUAUCCAGGCUGGGCAUGAAAAUGGUAACCUGCAACCUGAGGCAUCAGCGAUGCUUCCGAUCAAUUUCGCCGCCGCGAUGGGUCGCCUAACCAGGAAUUUUGCGACGUGGAGAUCGGAACGCGUUAUCUCUCUCUAG